AUGUUAGAGUCAAUCUUCUUCCUCAGUUACAAUUGCGCACCUCUCUACCUGGAACUUGCCUAUAAUUUUCUAGAACAUGACGAUAUUGUGGAAAUUUCCUAUAAUGGGUCAAAGGAGUCGAGUUAUUCUUCAGAAGAAGUAGUUAUUGAUGUGCCCCUGAUUUUUGAUAAAAGCCAUGUCAAAGUCGAUUCGAAAGUCGAGUCUCCAGCUCCAAUGGUUCCUUUUCCUCUAGAAUGCGUAGAUGUUGUAGAGCCUUUGUGUAGUCGGUCAGUGGAAAUUCGAAAUUCCUCCAAUAAGUCAAGUCUUUCGUCAGAAGAAUUAGCUGUUGAUAAACCACAGAUUUCUGGCAGAUGUAACUUGGAUUCCCAUUCAGGAACUGAAGAACCCUCUCGGCCAGAAGAUGAUGUUCAGAUGGUAUCAUUAAAAACCAUUUCCAAGAUUGAACCAGAAGUUCAUCAUGCCGAGCCUUUAACAACGGUGAAUGGAGAAAAUACUACGGUGGAUGGUAUAGCGAAUGGAGACGAUGGGGAACCCGCUAACAGUAAUAGCACCAGACGAAGCGACAGUCCAGUUGCCAAUCUCUUUCUUCGCAUUGUUGAUUUGAUCGAAAAAAUCAAUGAAAUUACUGGUCGCAUUGGUAAGCUAGGACAAUGCCUCAUUGUUUCUCUUGUCUUAAAGUAUUCUUGGCGUUCUUUGGCCUUUGUCGAUUCUUCCAUAGCUUUGUCUUCUGCCAUAGACGAAGUCCGUCAUUUAAAGAUAACACAUCAAAACUCAUUGCCUUAUGUGUGCUCAUCGCGGCAGGUAGGGAUCAUCCUUUUGAAGGGCUCAACAUUAUUUCUGUUUAGUCUUGAUCCCAACCACAACUAUUUGUCUGAACUGGAAAUGGUUAAAUCUUCAUUAAAGGAAUUAGAGAAAUUAUAUAGUGAAUGUGGGCGAUCGCUUUCUGAAUGUCAAGAAAAGCAUGCAAAGUGUGGGGCUUCGCUGAAAGAAACUAGAAAACAACUGAAGAAUCGGGAUGAGCUUUAUGAGAGCUGUCGAAACAAGCUCCUUGAACUACAGGAAAAGAUUAUAGAUCGCCAGCAGGGUCUGUUUCAACUUCUGUUUUUAUUACACAGCUUUUGA